GCAUAUAUAGUACUCCAACCAAGGUCCCGAACCUUCACCUUGCUCCUAUAAAAAUCAAGUCACUCUCCACAAUCUCAUCGUCACCAAGAGCACCAAAUAAUGGCUAAAUUGGUCUUGUUCACUGCACUCGUCGUGGCUCUGCUGUCCGCCGUUGAAGGAAAUAACACCCUGCAGCUGCAGUGCCAACGUGAGCUCCAAGAGAGCUCUCUUGAGGCAUGCCGGCAAGUUGUCGACCACCAAUUGGCCGUACAGAUGCCCAUAUUCCUCCCGCGACUAUCGCGGUUGAAUACAGGGCUGCAGAUGCAGUGUUGUCAACAGCUCCAGGACAUCAGCCACCAGUGUCUCGCCGCCGCCAUCCGCCAGAUUGUGAGACAGUACGAGCGUCAAGGUGUGGUGCCGCUGGCAGAACAAUACUACCCCGGUAAGGAGGAGGAGGAGGAGCAACAAGGAGGAUCAUACUACCCUAGCGGAACUUAUCCGCAACAAGGGCGAGGCUGGGAAAGGCAGCAUCAGCAAGGACAAGGGUGCCAAGCUUUUCCACAGCAACAACAACAACAGUGGCCGAAGCAGCAGCAAGGAGUAGGAUCAUUCCAAUCCAGCGAAACUUUUCCGCAACAACAAAAGCAAGCCCGACAGCCAGCCCAGCAGGAGGAACAAGAUCAGUACUGUGGCAGGCAAAGCCAUGCAGGGUUCGGCGGGUUUUCAUCUCCACCUCACAUUUGCACCGAGCAGCAGGAAGCCCGCAGGAGGAUGCACUUGAAGGUGGUGGCGAGGGCGCGACAGGUCGCAGUGCAGCUGCCGGCGAUGUGCCUACUCGAGGGUCUCACCUUCUCCGUCAGACUGUAUUAGCUAGACUAUAACUCUCCUAAACUCCCGUGUUGCUUGGGCAUGCAUGCAGCCCUAGCUAGAUAAUAAAAGUGACGGUGGUCACAGUCUCACAGAUC